CCUCUCGCCUCGCCUCCCACGGCGGGGGAUAAAGGCGCCUGGCCCGGCGCUCCGCGCCGCCGGAGCGGGCAGGCGGCCGGCGGGCGGGGGUCGGGCCGGGCCGGGCCCCGCCGCGCAGCCCCCUCCAUGCGCCUCGCCGGCGGCGCCGGCUCCCCCCGGGCGGCCCCGGCUCCCGGGAACGGCAGCCGGUGGCGAGCGGUGGAACCCGGCGGCGGUAGCAGCCCCAGCCCCGAAGCGUGGUCGGGGUCGCCCAACGGCAGCCUGGGCGGCUGGGACCCCUUCGGGCGGGACGAGGAGCUGGCGAAGCUGGAGAUCGCCGUGCUGGCCGUCACCUUCGCCGUGGCGGUGGUGGGCAACGGCAGCGUGCUGCUGGCCCUGCGGCGCACGCCGCGGAAGGCGUCCCGCAUGCACCUCUUCAUCCGCCACCUCAGCCUGGCCGACCUGGUGGUGGCCUUCUUCCAGGUGCUGCCCCAGCUCUGCUGGGAGGUGACCCACCGCUUCCACGGCCCCGACGGGCUCUGCCGCGUCGUCAAGCACCUGCAGGUCUUCGGCAUGUUCGCCUCGGCGUACAUGCUGGUGGCCAUGACCGCCGACCGCUACAUCGCCGUCUGCCACCCGCUGAAGACGCUGCAGCAGCCCACCAAGCGCUCCUACGGGAUGAUCGCGGCGGCCUGGGCGCUCAGCCUGCUGCUCAGCACCCCGCAGUACUUCAUCUUCUCCCUCAGCGAGGUGGAGCGCGGCUCGCAGGUCUACGACUGCUGGGCGCACUUCAUCAUGCCCUGGGGGCCCCGCGCCUACAUCACCUGGAUCACCGGCGGCAUCUUCGUCGCGCCCGUCUUCAUCCUCGUCACCUGCUACGGCUUCAUCUGCUACCACAUCUGGCGCAACGUCCGGGGCAAGACGCGCCCGGGGGAGACGGCGGGCGGCGGGCGGCGGGGGGGCGGCGGCGGCCCGCGGCGGGGGCUGCUGCUCGCCCCCUGUGUCAGCAGCGUCAAGACCAUCUCCCGCGCCAAGAUCCGCACCGUCAAGAUGACCUUCGUCAUCAUCUCGGCGUACGUCGUCUGCUGGGCGCCCUUCUUCACCAUCCAGAUGUGGUCCGUCUGGGACCAGCGCUUCCCCUGGGUCGAUUCUGAGAACACUGCGACUACCGUCACGGCUCUGUUGGCCAGCCUGAACAGUUGCUGUAACCCGUGGAUCUACAUGUUCUUCAGCGGGCACCUCCUGCAAGACUGCAUACAGAGCUUCCCUUGCUGCCAAAAAAUAAAGCAAACGCUGAGUAAAGAAGAUUCAAACAGCAACAGCAGGCGACAGACUUCUUUUACCAACAACAGAAGCCCAACCCACAGCCUGAACACCUGGAGAGAGUCGCCCCACUCCAAAUCGACCAGCUUCAUUCCCAUUCCAACCUGAGGCGGGCCCUGGGGCCGGCCAGGCUUGCAGCCCCCAAACAGCGCGUGGGAAGGUCACGGCACGGCACCGUGCGCCGGUCAAAGGCACCGGUCGCGGUAACGAGGAAUGACCAACACGGCCGUAAGGCAAAACGCGCCGCCUUGCUCGGCACGCUGUUCUGCAGCGUGGAAAUUAUUUGCUGAAAGGUAUUUAGGACUUGGGCAACUGAUCGGGAAGGCCUGAUGACAAUAAAGCAAUUAUUUUUCUAAAUAGGAUUUCUUAUUUAAUUUUGUUUGUGUGUUUGUUUCUCAAAUACUAAGUGCAUUGUUUGCUUGUUCAAAGCAGUAAAAAUAGUGGAGGUGGCAUGUGUUGUGGUAACUCCGCUCUCUAGUGUUAAUGCGUAAAACUUCUCAUGAUUCUCCGAUGAAGUCACAGGGAAAGAAGAUGAUACGAGCAGGAUUGCAAUUUAGUCUUAAACACACAAAGAAAAGCACUGGGAGAAAGUCCUGACUAUCCAGAUAAGGAACAUGGUUAGACAGGCUCUGAGUUAUUGAGAAUUUAUUGAUCAUACUGCUUUAUCUUGUACAGGUCUAGCAAUUAUCAGUGAAUGAAACUUAACCGUCCUUGUAAAGGCAAAUCCUUCAGUGCUGUCACUGUCUGUAUGUGUGCUGUGGGGUUUCAUUUUUAGGGUGACAUUUCCUCUUCCCUUCACACUGAUGGAAGUUAUACAACCAAUUUUUAUUGUCUUGUUGCACCUACCUUGCUUUUUUUAAACUAAUUCAAAAAAAUACAUUGGUAAAUAAGUAUGAUAAGCUGUGACUAGCUCAGCACUGCUACAAACAGAUAUACCAAGAAAAUUCAUCAUCAUGACUACCAGAACCACUUGCUUUAUGUGUAAGAGUUACACCUUUUCUUUUUCCUUCACUAAGACAGAUAGGAUCAAGCGACACUUAGUUGUCAAGCAAAUAGCCCUAUAAAUUUAGGAGAAUGUGGCUGUUUGGUAAGAGCUGAAGAAUCAGUAUAUUCCAACACACAGAUCUGAGAAUCAAACUUACAAGUCUUUUGGGAACAUAUAAAAAUUGUCAGCGUUAUUGGUUUGGGGUUUUUCUGGCAGAUCUGGAAGACAAUAGAGUCUUCGAAAUUGGCAGUAAACUGCCACAAAAAGUCAUCAAAACUCAUUUACUUAUAUUGAAUUAUAAAGCAUUCAAGUUGUGCCUGUUUUCACUACAGUGCACACAGAGUCAAAUGUAGUUCCUACAGCUCAUCAAUAAUCCUGUUACGGCUUUCCGUGGAGCCUGUUUUUCACAUGGAUUUUGGGUUUUGAAGCUCCGUGAAUAAGUUUUGCUGUGGUUUUGAAGUCAUGAGGAUCUCUUUGAGAAGUACAGCUACCUGUCUGCUCCAUUCUCCCAAGCUUUCUGGGUCCUGAAAUCCAGACAUUUCCCUGGCACCACGCAGGACUUUGCUGCAGUCCCAGCUGGCUCGCUGGAGCAGCGGCACAUGUGCACGGCCGCAUAACGCAUGUACUUAUGUUUGCAAGGAGGAACAUCAGCAGCAGGCUUCUCUAUUUCCCACCCAAACCAGACAAACAAGAUUGCUUUUCUAACUGCUCGAGGAGAGAAGAAAUCAGGGCUGCAACUGUGGCUUUCACUAAGGAUGGUGCCAGCCCCAUGCCUGUCACAGUAACAGUAGCAGAAAUUUAUUAAUUUCUAGCUAGGUGCAGAGUAAAAUCCUAUUCAAUCUGUUGUCCACUCCAGAAGCUCCCAGACAUAUCACUGACUAUUCCAGGGAAAGAAUAGGGAAGAUUAUAGCUAAAAAAUUAAAAUUCAGAUUUUGUUGUCACUAAAGAAAAUCUUAGCUCUUCUCUCUACAUUUCUUGUUAUCAUUUUCUGCUCUUCAGGAGAGCAAUCUGGUCGAAUGUGUCUUUCUAGUCAUUGUUCAAAACACUAGAACCCAAAGGACAGCAUGGUGGAAUGGCUUAUAUUUAAUAAACUAUCUUUCUGGACACCUCUAGUACACAGAUGUGACUACAGCUCUCACCAGUUCUGGGUGAAGGUUUGUGAAUCUGAAGUUAUGUUUUAGUCCAAAACCAAAUGCAUGCAGUGGUGUUAGGUGUAUGUGUAUUUGUGCACAUUAUAUGUACUGCAUAUAUUUCACAAGUAGGUAAUUCACAGUUACUGAAAUUUCAAAUGUUUCAAGAUAAGUACACUAUAUUUUGCCUAGUUUUUUAUUUGUGUUACUACUUUCUUUGUACAUAAAAUAUAUAUUAAAAAGCAAUUAGCUGUACUAACAGAAUUUUCAUGUUUGUGGAAUUGAAUUAUUUUUCUAUUACACUUUAUAAUCAAACAGAGAAGACAGCGAGAAAAAAAAUGUAGAGUAAUGUUGAUAAUAAAACUAAGCUGGGUAAUGACCAAUAUAUAUAAAAAAGUAAACAGACUCAGAAUUAUAAUUUUCAGUUUCUUCUAAAUAUGUUACAAAAUCUAGGCUUACACUUGGGGCUUGUUAACAUAAAUGUACCCUAUGAGUCUUCUACAGUUUCUGUAAUUAAAUUGACAACACUAUUUAGCAGUAUUUGGAUUCCAAGCAUUUUUUUGUCAAUACUGUGCCUUGUUUUUUCAUAUAAUUGAAACACUGUAAAAUACAGACCAUAUUUUUUAAUUGUUCAUCUGUGGAGAUGUGGGGUUUUUUAACAGCUGCUUUGGGUUAUCAUGAGGGCACACUAAUGAAAACAGAAGGAAACAAGAAAUUGUGAAACCAUUGCACGUUUAAAACAUGGAAACUUGCUCUAAUAAACCUGUAUAUUUGUUUGAUGAGAAGCGUUUUGUUUCUUUUGCUUGACUAGAUUUUUUUGCAAGUCUAGAAACAUA